UGUAUGUAACCAGGUACGAAGAGAUGCUAUAUAAAGAAGACGUACAUUGAUCUUGAAAAUUCCUUGAUUCUGUACCCCUCCGUUGCCUAACAUCAUGUCCAACACUGCUGUAGCCGGAAAGGUCACCGAAAAAUCCCAGAAUCCUGAAAAAUGGCUCAUUGAGGAACCCCCGACUCUCACUCCGGAAGCUCGAGCGCUUUUUGAGAAGUACAGCAAGAAUCCACAUCAUGAAGUAAUUCCUCAUAUCAAAGCCAUCAGAGACAAUGCCUUUCAGAUCUACCCCUACCCCUGUCUAGGACGCUGGGCAUUCCUCGAUCUCCGUCUCCGCCAAUCACCUCAAUACCCACAAGUACUUUCGCGAAUCAAGAACGGCGACCGGUACUUGGACAUCGGAUGCUGCAUCGGGCAGGACAUCCGCAGCCUCGUCGCCGACGGUGCGCCGUCAGAGAAUACAUACGGAUCCGACAUGAAGGGCGACUUCAUCGACGUCGGGUACGCUCUUUUCCGCGACCGCGCCACGCUCAAAACCACAUUUAUCGAAGCCGAUAUCUUCGAUGCCGACUCGGAACUGAAUUCGUUGGAGGGUACGGUGGAUAUUGUGCAUGCGGCGUCUUUUUUCCAUCUUUUCGACUGGGACGAGCAGAUCAAGGCAGCGAAGUGCGUUGUGCGGCUUCUGAAGGCUCGACCUUAUAGCAUGGUGGUUGGACGACAGCUGGGGCAUGUCGAUGCGCGUCCGAUGAUGUACCGGUUCAUCUCUGGGAAACCACUAUUCAGGCAUAAUGUGGAAUCGUUUGCAAGGUUCUGGAAGCAGGUUGGCGAUGAGACCGGCACGACUUGGAAAGUAGAAGCUGGGUUUGAGCAGGGCUUGGACGACUAUGGUGAAGAGAGUGAGAUGGAAACGGAGGAGGUUGCGAAGGGAGAGAGAUGGCUGGUAUAUUCUGUUUGUAUGCUAUAA